GAGCAGAACUUCCUUUCUGUCAAUAAAUAGUUUUUGAGUGAAUGUAUGAAUGAAUGAGUGAUUCAGAGGUGACAGCAAUACACGACUCAAACACUUAAUUGUUAUUAUUAUUUGAUUUGAUUUUAUAAUUAUAUUUGAUUUGAUUGUCAGAAGAAAUGAGCGAACAGCAAUUGGAUCACGCGUUGGAUCUGAUGAGACGAUUGCCUCCGCAACAGAUCGAGAAGAAUUUGAGUGAUUUGAUUGAUUUGGUGCCCAAUCUGUGCGAAGACUUGUUGUCAUCAGUGGACCAGCCGUUGAAGAUAGCGAGGGAUAAGGAGAACGGAAGGGAUUAUCUCCUUUGCGAUUACAACCGCGACGGAGACUCAUAUCGGUCUCCGUGGAGUAACAAAUACGACCCGCCCUUAGAGGACGGGGCGAUGCCUUCCGAGAAGUUACGGCACGUGGAAGUGGACGCCAAUCAGGCCUUCGAUCAGUACAGAGAGAUGUACUUCGAGGGCGGCGUCUCAUCCGUGUAUUUAUGGGAUUUGGAUCACGGAUUCGCUGGCGUUAUACUUAUCAAGAAAGCCGGCGACGGAUCCAAGAAGAUUAAGGGCUGUUGGGAUUCAAUACAUGUCGUAGAAGUACAGGAGAAGUCGAGUGGACGUAACGCUCACUAUAAACUGACAUCAACUGUGAUGUUGUGGUUACAGACCAACAAAGAGACCUCCGGGACCAUGAAUUUGGGCGGAAGUCUUACGCGACAGAUAGAGGCCGACAAUACAGUGAAUGAGACGAAUCCACACAUCGCUAACAUCGGAAGAAUGGUUGAGGAUAUGGAGAAUAAGAUCCGCAACACAUUGAAUGAGAUCUAUUUCGGGAAA